AUGACUUAUCAAGAGCCAAAGACUUCAUUCAUGUCGCCCGCGGGCAAUGUCAAAGACCAACAGGAGAAUACACCCCACGUUCUGGCUCCAUCUGCACUGGGCGGUGCAUCUGUUCAAGCCUCGGGAAUCCCUUCCAAGUGCCACUCCCCCUGGUCAAUGGUCACUCCAACAACCCCAGACGGCUUGGCUGCUCGCUUACAGCCUCGUUCUCCUCGGCUUGGGAGCGCACAGGCCUUCGAGACACCUACGCGCCCGUCUCAGCAUGAAAUGUUUCAUAAACAUCUGUUGAAAAUUGUUGAAGGUGCUGGUCAGAAGGCUGUGACCGUUCCUCACGCAUUUUCCGUCCAGCAACAACCUCUCCAGUCAGCUCCGCCAGAGGAAGCUGUUGAUAAUUUCAUUUUGCCCCUCCGUCAGCCUUUACAGCCAGACUCAGUUCGUUCUUUCUCAAGCGGUCAUCAUUAUUCUUCCUCCGAGAAAGUCGUGUCCGACAAGUACUACUGGCCCAUGAACAGCAUCCAUGGCACUCAUGACACCCCUUAUCCUGGUCUCUCACUGCCAGAGAAUCCCGAUGCCAUUCAUAUCGGCCACUCAGUGGGCAAGUUCUCCAAACCUAUGCUGGUAAGUGAUAAAAACCGCAUCGCUCCUUUCACUGCUACCAACGACCCAGCAUCUGCUGAUGAAUGUGACGCACCAUCCAAGGUGGCUCUUGGAUUCAGUCCCGAAUACCAUGGAGACCCUAACCUCAUGCGCAACCGGUCCGCCAACAUUCCCGACGAGCUUAACUGCUCCCUCUUCUUGGUUAACUUGCCUCCCACCCUCACCACUCAUCGCCUCAUCGCCGCCAUUCAUGCGAUGGGCCCCACCGGACGCAUCUAUGCCACUCACAUCAACGCCCCUGAGCCCGAUCGCAAGCACUACGGCUGCGCAGCCAAGGUCAUCUUCUUCGAGCUCGUGGCGGCCAAGGCCUUCUACCGUGCCUAUGAGGAACACGGCUUCACAGUCGACGGCUACAACGUUCGUGUCAUGUGGAACCGCAUCAAGACUGCACAGCAGGAGCACGCCAAGUCCACUACUCGCGUCCUCCUCAUCGGCGGACAACCCCAGUUUGUCAACCCCACCACUCUGACUGAGUACUUCUGUACCAAGCUCCAGUUCCAGAUCGACUGCAUCGUCACCCACAGCGACGGUCUCAAGGGCGACACCGAUGCUGUCGUUGAGUAUCGCUUCGGCAGUUUCCGCUGCCAGGCAGAAGCAGCGAAGAUGGCUCUGACGCGCGAGCAUCCCGAGGUCAGGUGCUUCUUCCACUGCGACCCUUGCGAUCCAGGCCAUUGGAAGCCCUCACAGAGGAUUCCGGUUGCCCCCAUCAGGCCCCAGAAUCCUCUCCCUCCUCCUAUCAGGCCCUUGAGGUACCCUGGCAUUUGGCCUUACCAGCCACUUACGAUCGUGCAAGAAGACGAGGAAGACCAGCGUGUUGGUUCGACCUACCACCCAAUGCGUCCCACCGUGCGCCAGUGGUAA